GGCAGUCACCCGGCGCAGACUCCUGGGGACCCACACCUGUCGCCAGCAUGGGGAAGAAGGAGAAGAAGACGCUGAAGCUGAAGCCGGAGCCGGCGGAGUGCGUGGAGGAGCGCGGCUCGUGGGCCAGCCCCACCGAGUUCCUCAUGUCGUGCCUCACGUACGCCGUGGGGCUGGGCAACGUCUGGCGCUUCCCCUACCUCGUCUACCGCAACGGCGGAGGCGCCUUCCUUAUCCCUUACAUCAUCAUGUUAAUGGUGAUGGGUGUACCUAUCUUCUUUAUGGAGAUGGUCCUUGGGCAGUACAGUCAGCAAGGGGUUACUGUUGUCUUUACUCGGAUGGCACCCAUCUUCCAAGGAGUGGGCUUCAGUGCGCUGGUCAUAGUGCUUGUGAUCAACAUCAUCUACAUGGUGGUAGUCUCGUGGACGCUGUUCUACAUGUUCGCCUCGUUCAGCUCGGUGCUAGGCUGGGCGCGCUGCGACUAUGACUUCAACUCUGACUACUGCUACAGUGAAUGGGAGAACCAGAGGUGCAUGGAUCUCGGCGUGCCGGACGUGCCCAUGACUUUCAACAAUAGGACGUGCGUGCCGGUGGACACGCUGUGCAGCGAGCACUUCAUGGCCAUGAAGGACGCCCACACCUGCUCCAACGGAACCGCGGACGUCCCUCUGCGCUCACUCGUCAAGCGCGUGCUGUCUUCGGAGGAGUACUACAACGACUUCGCGAUGGGCAUCAAAGGCGCGACGUGGGAGCAGUGGGGCGACGUGCACUGGCCGCUGAUGGGCUGCCUGGCGCUGGCCUGGCUCAUCGCCUUCCUCUGCGUCUUCAAGAGCGUCAAGACCACCGGAAAGAUCGUCUACUUCACCGCCAUCUUUCCCUACUUCGUGCUGUUGGCGCUGCUCAUCAGAGCGGCGACGCUGGAGGGCGCUCUGGACGGCGUGCUGUUCUACGUGACGCCGCAGUGGGCGGCGCUGGGCGACGCCUCCGUGUGGGGCGACGCCGCCUCGCAGACCUUCUACGCGCUCAGCAUCGGCUGCGCGUCGCUCAUCACGCUCUCCAGCUACAGCUACUUCGGCAACAACUGCCACAGGGACGCGAUCGUGGUGUCGGUGACGAACACUCUGACGGGCUUGCUGGCGGGCUUCGUGGUGUUCAGCGUGCUGGGCUUCAUGGCGCACGAGAUGGGCGAGCCCGUGUCCGAGGUGGUCGCCUCCGGUCCGGGCCUCGCCUUCGUCGCCUACCCGGAGGCGGUGCUGCGCAUGCCGCUGCCGCAGCUCUGGUCGGCGCUCUUCUUCUUCAUGCUCUUCGUGCUCGGCAUCGGCUGCCAGUUCGGCGGCGUGGAGGCGGUGACGUGCGCCGUAGUGGACCAGUGGCCGCAGCUGCGGCGCUACCAGACGUUCGUGACGGGCGGCGUCUGCCUGGCGCACUUCGUGCUGUCCGUGCCCAUGUGCUUCGGCGGCGGCAUCUACCUGUUCACGCUGAUCGAGUGGAACGUCGUCACGUGGUCCGUCCUGCUGGUCGGCCUCGGUGAGGUGAUCGUCGUCGCCUGGGUCUACGGCGGCAAUCGAUUCCUGGACAACAUCGCAGAGAUGGGAAUGAAGCUAUGCAAGAUAACCCGCUGCUAUUGGUGGUUCGCAUGGACGAUCAUGGCACCACUUUGCGUCGUAGCGGUGUUCGGCUUCACGAUGUACAACUACGAGGCGCCCUACUACGGCGACUACGUGUUCCCCGACUGGGUGAACGUGAUGGGAAUCCUGAUCGGCACCUCCGCCAUCGUGCCGAUGCCCGUUUUCGCCGUCUACCGCGUCACACUCAGCAAAGAGAGGGGGGUGGCGCUGUUCCGGCCCACUCAGCGCUGGGGCCCCGGGGGCAAGCUGCUGCCCACCCCCAGCUCCACGUCGACGACGCCGCCGCCGGGGGCCGGCGCAGACGCCGCCUCGGCCCCCGACGCCUGCUCGAAGCACUCCGGCUCCGCCUCCAGCUACUCCGCCUACGAGAACUACGCCUUCAACAAGGAGACCUGAGCGCCACACCUGCUCCUGCCGUUGCAUCACCACAACCGCCACUCAUCCGUUACGCAGAAAUUCCACUUCCAGUCUCCGGACACUGACUACCGCACCGUCGAGCGAACUUAUAUCUUUGAGUCUGCGGCAGUCAAUAAUAUACCUAGUCACUUGCAACGUCUCGGGAAGAAAGACGCAGGCAUUAACUAGACGCUUAUCGAGAUGCUCACGUCAGACUUCGAUUAUUAAGGCAGUGGACGUGGCCUUAACUGAUCUCUCAAGACCAGUUCCUCUAUCACUUAAUACCUUACCGUGAUAUCAUGGCGGUGCUGAAUCGUAAACUUCUCGCCACUAAAAGUAUCUUCGAAACUACGAAAUUAAAAUAGUGGACUUAUGAAUGUUUUCACAUCUUAUAAAUCUUUCCUACAGGGAACCCUGGUAUUCGUUACAAUUAAAUCAUGAGAGUUUCGUUCCUCUUUUCCGACAGCAUUUUGUUCUGUUAAAGCCCAGUGUAAUUUUCAGUGGCGCCCACUGAGGUAAAAAGUCUGUGCUAACGAC